CAAAGCCGACAAAUCGACGUAAAAACUCGACGCCGCUCUUGCCAAACGAACCGCUCGUCCUAAGGUACAUCGCACACAAGCACACGUUGCGUUAACUAACCAACUAGUAGACAGGACAGGUCCAGGUCGUAAACCCGUCUAGAACAAACCAGAAAACCGCGUUUCGCUCUUUCGCUGUACAUCCACUCCCCUGUGCCUGUCUGUCAAAAGAAACAGUCGACUCCCGUUACCUAGCAACCAGUAACAAGUGUUCUACUCACCGCAGUAGGUAUAUCGCUAUUUACGGUUGUGUUUUGUGAAGUGUCAAAAAGUUUAAAAAAAGUUUAGUUGAAUAUUUUCUUUAAAAAAAUAUGGCUAGUUCCCCCGGUAAAAAUGCCGAUAAUGGUGUUGUGGAGUUUCAGUUUUAUAAACCGGAUAACAGGACUAAGUGGGAAGCCUUUCAGAAAGCUAUUUAUGAUAAAUCUUCCAAUCAGUUUCUUGGAAGGACGCCAAAGAGUUGGGGCCAACUUCUGGUAUUCUACUCCAUCUUCUACAUAGUACUAGCAGCGUUAUUCGCCAUAUGCAUGCAAGGGCUGUUCGCCACCUUACACGAAAGAGAACCUAAAUGGAAGCUGGGCAGCAGUCUCAUAGGCGACAAUCCCGGUUUGGGCUUCAGACCCAUUUCGAAUAAAACAGAGGAAGGAUCUUUGAUUUGGUACAACGUUACUAACGCUACCACGUCGGAAAAAUGGAUCAAAUUUGUCGACGAUUUUUUAAUACCUUACAGGCAGAACCAAAGCGACAAGAACUUUGUCGAUUGUAACUUCACCAGCCCGCCUCCGGAAGGCGAGGUAUGCAGAGCCACCCCCGAUCAAUUUGAGAAUUGCAGUCCGGAACGCAAGUACGGGUACGGGGGCAUGUCGCCUUGCAUCUUCCUCAAGUUGAAUCGAAUCAUCGAUUGGAAACCGAAAUAUUUCACUAGCCCGCAAAAGGGAAUGCCUCAGGAAUUGAGCAGUUAUAUCGAGAAGCUGGAAAUUGCUAACUCCACCGAACGCAGAAUAUGGGUGUCGUGUAACGGCGUCAACGACGUAGACAAGGAGAGCAUAAAGGGAUUCAACUAUUAUCCCAAAGGAUUUGCCAGUUUCUACUAUCCCUUCAAGAACGUUAAAAAUUAUUUGAGUCCGAUCGUUGCCGUGGAACUCAUCGAUGUACGACCCAACAUUGUCAUCCUAGUGGAAUGCCGCGCCUGGGCUUCAAACGUCAAAUACGUCGGCGGUACCCUGAACAGGGCCGGCUCGGUAACGUUCGAAAUUCAAGUGGACGGCGCCUAUGAAAAUCCAUCGUUGAAGACGGCCAAAUCCGCGAAAAUAGAGGCUACAAUAAAGCCGGAAAACAAAACUGAUGCUGUGCCGACAACUUUAGCACCUGCAAGUUCAAGUCAAGCGACGACAACUGUAGUGAAUGCCUCUACUAUUUAGGAAAAUGUGCCAGAGUGGAG